UUCAAUAAUGAAGUUGUUCGUUGUUCUUUUUGGAAUUUUUGCGGCAGUUUCUGCUCAAUGUCCUUCGAUCGUCACACGAACUGAAUGGGGAGCAAUUCCUGCUUCUUCAACAAAUCUCCCAACUCGUCCUGCUCCAUGGUACGUAAUUCAUCAUACCGCAGGCACGUCAUGCAGUACCAAAACGACUUGUUCCGCUGAAAUGCGAGCCAUCCAACAUUUGCACAUCAAUACCAAUGGCUGGGCUGAUAUCGGUUACAACUUUUUGAUUGGCGGCGAUGGUUUAGUCUACGAAGGUCGUGGAUGGGGCAAACAAGGUGCUCAUGCUCCCGGUUACAAUGACAAAAGUGUCGGAAUUUCGUUCAUGGGAACAUUCACGAGCGGACUGCCAACAAGUGCCGCACUUCAGGCUGCCAAAGAUUUAAUUUCGUGCGGCGUAACAUUGGGACACGUUGCAAAGUCGUACAGCUUGAUUGGGCAUCGACAAGCUGUCGCGACCGAAUGCCCCGGCAACAAAUUGUUCGACGAGAUUAAAACGUGGCCAAAUUUCAAGCCAUAAAUAAAACAUUUUUGCCUUUUUCUCUCUCCAGCUUCGACGAGAGACGUGAAGAGAGAAAAUGUGCGAAAGAUAAGUGUC